CGCCGCGCUGCCUGACCGCCCCGGGCGCUGCCUUCCUCCUCCUUUUCCUCCACCUCCUCCUCCUCCUGCCGCCGCCGCCCCGGCCCGGCUCCGCUCGCCAUGGGAGAUGUGGUCUCCACGCACCUGGACGAGGGGCGCCGCCAGCACAUCGCGGAGAAGACGGGGAAGGUGCUGGGGGAGUUCUGCCGGUGCUACAGGGAGCAGUACGGCGUAGCGCUCUUCAACAGUGUCCGCUAUGAGAUCGAAGGCAACGGAGGGCCGCAGGCCCAGCUGCUCCACCGCAAGGUCCCAUUGGAAGACCAUGUCAUCUACUCAGGCAACCUCUUCCAGUACAUUGAGGAGAACAAGAAGUGGAGGAACCGCUUCUGCGUGGUCCCGCACAACUAUGGCUUGGUCCUCUACGAGAACAAACUGGCCUAUGAGCGAGAUCUAUCACCCCGUGUGCUCAUCAACAGUGCUGGCUACAAGAUCCUCACCUCUGUGGACCAGUACUUGGAGCUGGUGAACAGCAGCCUACCUGGGGUGACGCCGAAAUCGGGGCACUCCCCCAUCUUGAAAUGCCCCACGGAUUUUCCCCUCAUCCUCUGGCACCCCUACGCCCGGCACUAUUACUUCUGCGUGAUGACGGGCAAAGAGCAGGAGAAGUGGCGGGCGGUUUUCCAGGACUGCGUCCGACACUGCAACAAUGGGAUCUCUGAGGACUCCAAAGUGGAGGCUCCAGCCUUCACAGAUGCCAUCCGCAUGUACCGCCAGUCCAAGGAGCAGUACGGCACCUGGGACAUGCUCUGCGGCACCGAAACCCAGGUCCUGAGCAACCUGGUGAUGGAGGAGCUGCUCCCUGAGCUGAGGACCACCAUCGGCCCCCGACUGAAGGGCAAGGCUCAAGAGCGCCAGCGGACCUGGAUCCAGAUCUCAGAUGCUGUCUAUAGGAUGGUCUAUGAGCAGACCAAAGCCCAGUAUGAUGCGCUGACAGCCAAGUGCGAACAGGAGCGGCCCCAGAUGGAGAGCACCAUCCGCACGGACAUGGACCAGAUCAUCACUUCAAAGGAGCACUUGGCCAGCAAGAUCCGAGCAUUCGUCCUCCCGAAAGCGGAGAUCUGUGUCCGUAAUCAUGUCCAGCCCUAUAUCUCCUCCAUCCUGGAGGCCCUGAUGACACCCACGAGCCAGGGCUUUGCUGAGGUGCGGGAGGUGUUCUUCAAGGAGGUGACAGACAUGAACAUGAACAUUGUCAAUGAAGGUGGCCUGGAGAAGCUGGUGGAGUACAUGGAGAAGCUUUCCCACCUGGCCUUCCACCCAGUCAAGAUGCAGUCGUGCUAUGAGAAGAUGGACCAACUGAAAUUGGAGGGCCUGCAGCAGCGAUUUGAUGUCUCCAGCACAUCUGUCUUCAAGCAGAGGGCUCAGAUCCACAUGAGACAGCAAAUGGAUGACGCUGUGUACACAUUCGAGACGCUGCUCCAUCAGGAGCUGGGGAAGCUGCAGGGCAAAGAUGACUUGUGCAAGUCCAUCCAGCGCAUCCUUGAGAGGGUGCUCAAGAAAUAUGACUACGACAGCAGCACCGUGCGGAAGAAGUUCUUCAGGGAGGCCCUGCUGCAGAUCACCAUCCCCUUCCUGCUGAAAAAGCUGGCACCCACCUGCAAGGGGGAGUUGGCCAGGUUUCAGGAGCUGAUCUUUGAGGACUUUGCCAGCUUCAUCCUGGUGGAGAACACCUAUGAGGAGGUCGUGCUGCAGUCGGUGAUGAAAGACAUCAUGCAAGCUGUGAAGGAGGCGGCCGUGCAGCGGAAACACAACCUGUACCGCGACAGCAUGGUCAUGCACAACAGCGAUCCCAACCUGCACCUCCUGGGCGAGGGUGUCCCCAUCGACUGGGGCGAGGAGUACAGCGGGCAGCCCGAGGCCGAGCCGCCCGUCGACAAGCGCCGCAGAGCCAAGCAAGUGGUGUCGGUGAUCCAAGAUGACGAGGGGGUCCUGCCCUACGAGGUGGGCACCGAGGCGCUGCUGCAGUCCCGCUCCCCGGAGCCACGGGAGCGAGAGGAACCGGAGCCUGGGGUGCCCCCGAGCUCCCCGGGUGGGGUGGAGGUGAUCAGAGAGGCGCUGGCGAAGGAGAGCCUUGGAGAUGGCGUUGAGGAGGAGCAGCUGAUAAACGGUACCGACGCCACACGGGAAAGCGGUGCCACCGAGGAGGUGGUGGUGGCAGCAGGGUCUGUCCUGAGUGAUGUCCACCCACAAGGUCCAGCCAGCGAGGGGGAUGGGGUGCACCGUGCUGCACCGGAAUCACCCAGAGCCGAGGUACCAUCAAAGGCUGGCGUGCACCACACCACACCAGCAUCACCCAUGCCUGGAGCUGAUGUCCCACCAGCGUCUGGGAUGUCCCACACUACACCACCAUCACCUGCUCCCAGAGCUGAUGUCCCACCAGUGUCCGGGAUGUCCCACACUACACCACCAUCACCUGCUCCCAGAGCUGAUGUCCCACCAGCGUCUGAGAUGUCCCACACCGCACCACCAUCGCCUGCUCCCAGAGCUGAUGUCCCAUCAGGGGCUGGGGCGUCCCACGCUGCUCCACCAUCGCCUGCUCCUAGAGCUGAUGUCCCAUCAGGGGCCAGUGUGCAACACGCCACACCAGCAUCACCUGCACGCAGAGCUGAUGUCCCAUCAGGGGCUGGGAUGCCUCAAGCCACACUAGCAUCACCCAUGCCUGAAGCUGAUGUCCCAUCAGAGACCAGGGUGCCCUGUGCCACACCAGCAUCACCUGCACCCGGAGCUGAGACCCCAUCACCAUCUGCUGGGGCAGCUUGCCACCAGCCCAGUGACAAGGAGACAGGUGAGGAGGUGGCCCUUCCGGGCAGCAAGCGGAGCGCCCCACAGCCCACGGGGAAGACGGAGAGUGGUGAGGGGGCGCAGACCGAGAUUUAGCCCCAGCCUCGCCGCCAUGGACUGACCCCGCUGUCACCGGGGGUUGGGGUGGGGGGCAUAGGACCUGCUGUGCUGCCGGGGAUGAGAGCGGCGCUGUGGGAGAGGGAGGGGAUGGGAACCACCAAGACCUUAUUGCCUUGCUGGGAGGGGUCCCCGCUGCUGCGCAGGGCUGGCCACAACCAAAUGGUGUUUCUGGGUCAGACUGGGGGAGACCCCCAGCCUGGCAUGGGGCACCUCCUGUGCUCUGCUCUGUCCUUCUGCCUUAUUUUCUUCUUUUCUACCGAAGAGAUGCUUUAUCUCUGCCCCCCUCCCCAGCACAAGUGCCUGGGGUUGCUGGGGUAGGGGCACUAACCCCGCUGUGGGUGGGUGUGAGAUGCUCCCAGCUGUCCCCGAGUUGUCCCUUGCCCUACCAGAGGUGUCCUGGGAGCCUUGCCCACUGCCAUCCCCCCCAGCCGGCUCUGGGACUGCCAGUGGGAGCAGGGGGGGAUGAUGGAAAACCUGAUGGUGGCCAGGGGCAGGUAUCCGGCAUCGGGGUGGCUUAAGCUGCUGCUGAUGGGGCUGGCAUGGGCUCGGAGCACCCAUGCUGGGGUCAGAACAUCCACGCUGGACACAGAGAACCCACAUUGGGCUUGGAGCACCCAUGCUGGGCUCAAUGCACCCACGGUGGGCUCAGAACACCUACGCUGGACACAAAGAACCCACAUUGGGCUUGGAGCACCCAUGCUGGACUCACAGCACCCAGUGCCCACCCCGGCCACCCUCACCCCAAGGUCUUCUAACAGCUAUUUAAGAUCUAAGUCAAAACUUAGAGGGAAGGUAGAAUUCACACACCUGCCUGGCAGGACUGGGCUGCCUCCAGGCUCAGGAUGGUUGUGCAGGGGAGGGAUCCCAGCUCUCGCCCUCCGGAGCCCCCCAGCACCAUGCAUGGAUUCCUCCAGCUCUUGGGCUUUGCAGGCUUUGGUACCUGCAGUGAUGGUCCAGCUGGUGCCUCAGGAGCGGUUUGCUGGCAGCCCUGCCCGCAGAGACGUUAAAGAACCCCAGAGCUGGUUGGGGAGUGGUGGCAGGAUUCAGUGUGGGACCUGUGUGUGUGUGCCCGGAGCAGUGCCCAGCACCCUCGCCUGUAUUUUAGGUGCCACCGUUUCUGCCUCUGAAGGGGGGUGCCCAGCCUAACCCACUCGGGGAGGCCCCCCAAAGUGCCUUGCUUUGGGAACUUAAAACUUGGCUCUUCCAGGAUAUUUUAUUAAGAAAGUUAUACAAAUGUUUUAAAAUAUGCUUAUAAUAAUUAAUAAAAUGGAAAAGCUUUAUUUAAAGCCA